AUGAUUAGAAAACUUUUUAUUGCCCUGCUUUUGUCAUCUGUGACUCUUGGAGAAGCCAGGAAAUCCUUUCUCAGUUUCCUGAAUAUGGAAAAGACUGAAGUUCUGUUUUUCACAAAGACGGAAGAAGCUGUCGUUGUGAGGUCAACUUACAGAGAUAAACAGCCCAACUCCAGCCACCUCCUGGUGCAACUGGGAGACGAUAGAAUACUCCAGGUGGCGAAUGUGACCAAGACCUUAUCGGACGUGACCAACUUUACCAUAAACCUGGUGAUGGGUGGAGACGGAGAGACGAAUCUGACCGUUCAGCUGUGGGAUUCGGAAGGUAGGGGCCAAAGGCUCAUUGAGGAGAUCAAGAAUGUCCGAGUCAGCGUGCUCAGAGAGAGACAUGACAGUCCUUCCCAGGUACCAGACCUCCUCAACAGAAACAUCCUAAUGCUGUUUCUGCCAAUGAUACUGUUAAAUAAAUGUGCGUUUGGGUGCAAGAUUGAGUUCCAGGUGUUUGAAACAGUGUGGAAGAGACCUUUGCCGGUAGUUCUUGGGGCGGUCAUACAGUUUUUUCUUAUGCCAUUUUGCGGAUUCCUUCUGACGCAGAUUUUGGCCUUGCCUGAGGCCCAGGCGUUUGGGUUUAUAGUCACCUGCACAUGCCCAGGUGGGGGUGGGGGCUACCUCUUCGCGCUGCUUCUAGAAGGAGAUGUCACUUUGGCCAUUCUGAUGACCUGCAUGUCAACGUUUCUGGCCCUGGUCACGAUGCCUACCAAUUCGUACAUAUACAGUAGAAUCUUAGGGUUAUCGGGCACACUGCAUAUCCCUAUUUCUAAAAUUAUGUCAACCCUCCUCUUCAUCCUCGCACCGAUGUCAGUGGGAAUAGCCAUCAAGCGUAGACUGCCUGACAAAGCCAAGUUCUUGGAGAGGAUCAUUAGGCCUCUGAGUUUUAUUUUAAUGUGUAUAGGGAUUUGUUUGACUUUCAGCAUGGGAUUGGUGUUUCUGAAAGCAAUGAACCUGGACGUGCUUCUGUUGGGUGUCUCAGUUCCUGCUUUGGGUUUGUCAUUCGGGUACUUUUUUGCUAAAAUUUCUAUGCUCCCUCUUCCUGUUUGUAAAACUGUUGCUAUUGAAGGUGGGGUGCUGAAUAGUUUCUUAGCCCUUGCCAUUAUUCAGCUUUCCUUUUCACAGUCUGAUGCAGACUUGGCGUCUGUGGCUCCGUUUACAGUGGCCAUGUGUUCUGCAUGUGAAAUGUUACUGAUCCUUCUGUUCUACAAGGCUAAGAAAAGAUGUGUCCUUAACACAGAAGAAAAAAGAAUGAAAAAUCCCCCAGUCUAA